AUAAGUGCGGACGGGAUCUUCACCAACACAAGAAAAUUCCAGGUAAGCAUCGCAGCCUAACGCCAGUAGCAAGUAGAGCACUGCACCAUUAAAAUCUCUAGUAAAACACGAACGCCUAUUUGGUGACAUUUGUUAACGGAAAUUCUGGAUUUAGCAUUUAGCCGAUAAUAAUAAUUAUAAUGAUGAUGACAAUAAUAAAUAAAUAAAUAACAGGUUUUAGUUAUAUAAGGUAACACUUGGCAGAUACAGACAGAUCGAUGCCUCAUUGCACGCACUUCUUUUUUUUCAGGAAAACGUAAAGAUGGCGACUUUUCGUGCGGCAUUUUUUCAGCCGUUUCUACUCCUAAUGAUACCGUUAUCUUUUUCCAACCCCAUACCAAGUUUCUCCAGCUACUUGUCAUGUGUCAAGAUGUGCCAGUGCUCGCUCGACGAAGAAGGCAGAGUAUUCGCUCAAUGCAGCUUUACUAAACACAAUAUUACGGAAACUGAUGUUCAACUACCGCCUAACGUUUACAGUUUGUAA